AUGGCUGUUAUAAUGGUAAGAUCUACAUUUUAACGUAUGGGUGCGAAACGUAAACAAUAUGCAGACCAGUUUUUGAUAAUGGAUUAAACUGCUAGCGUAUAUGGAAAAAUGCGCAAAUAAGAGAAAAUAUGACGGAAGUGAAACCCGCACAACAAAUCGUGUGGAGGAACAAAGACUGCAGUGGCCGGAACCGGUCCAAACGGAAGUCGGUAUGGGAAGUAAACUCAGAGAAAAGCAGGAAAAAGAGGAUUGACGAAAUACAUAACGAGACUGAACGUGACACAAUACGAGGAAAAGAUCGGCUAGGUCCGUGA